AAAAAAAAAACGAUUUCGCAAUCCAGGCUGGCCGACACGGCUUCAGUGGAAACCAAACAAUAACAGCUCGUCCUGUGCUUCCGUCCUUUUCGGAGGAAAAUAACCUGUUAAUUCGGUGUAUGUCCGGAGAACCGACAGGGUUGUAACCUUGAUACGGACCAUACAAGCGCGCAGUCGCAACUGGUAGCAACCAGCAUUUUCGACAGCAUUCAGCACCAUCCCGCAGCAGGCGAAGGUGCAGACUUAAGCGCAAGAUAGAGGCAGUGGAUCCAAAUGAGCAAGCAGCCGCAGCAGAAGUUAACCAACACAGAUCAGAACGGAGUGAGCGUCAUACAGAGCCAGGCUCAUUGCAGCGUCGGAAACUCUGCAGGAACUACAGCAGGACUACAGCAGGUUCCUCAACUUGUCCCAGUUAACGCCGGAGGAGGUGGCAAAGCCACGCCAUCCAGCAAGAUGAAGAAGACGAUACUAGAUAAGGAGAGUGAUGAGUACAGGCAGCGGCGUGAGCGCAACAACCUGGCUGUAAAGAAGAGCCGUAUGCGCAGCAAGCAGAAGGCGCAGGAUACGCAGCAACGUGUCAACGAGCUGAAAGAGGAGAAUGAAAGAUUGGAGGCCAAGAUCAAGCUACUCAGCAAAGAGCUCAGUGUGCUCAAAGACCUGUUCCUGGAGCACGCACACAACCUGGCCGAUAACGUGCAGCCUAAUACCGCAGCAACCGUCACCCCUGGAGACCUCUGUAACACCAACAACAGCCAGUGAGAUUAAGUCAGUCGUUAAGGGCGGCAUCUCUGUACUAUAAUAUCUUGUUUAACCUUUUCUAAGGGAAAUGAAAAGUUUCCUAAUGUUUUUUAGGCCAUUUGCAUUUCAGAAGAACAAAGCUUUCCCUUAGGCAUUAGAUUAAAAUACUAUAAAACCCUGGACUUUAAAAUUGGUAGAAAAAACUUUAUUUCCCAAACUGAAACAUCAGGGGCGCUGCACGAUUUGGAUUUGAAUUGGAAUCAGGUAUUUUUCUUUCAGCUCAUGGGUUGUACGUGAUCCCUCUCAUAUUUGUUCCUACACUCAGAUAUUGUUUUGUAAAUAAGCGUGGAAAUGAAUGCGGAAAAGCAUUAGCGAAGCUUAGGAAUGCCGUAGGGUUGGAUUCCCCCCCACCCAUUUUAAAGCUACAGCGAGUCAGUAAGGCGAGAUUUGUUGUUGUUUUUGAUGCAGUUUUUUUUUUUGCCGAAAGCUUUGCCGCAGGUUUGUGGCAGCUCAUCAGAUUCAUAAGAAAUGCUCCGGACAUGUUCAGGCAAAUCGUUUCUAUCCCACAAGGCAACAGCAAAGAAAAGAGAUGGCAGCAAGAGACAAAAGAAGCACCUUCCAGGAAACAGAUAGAUUUAAAUUAUGUGUAAAGGCUGUUUUCAGCCGACCACCUCUUCCUUGUAGCCCAAUGUUUUCUUGUAUGAUAUCUUUGUUGAAUGUGCAUUUUGUUUAACUUAAAAGAUGUUCCUAAAACAGAAUUUGGCAGUGAUUGACAGUCACGAUCCUUGAAAUAAGAUGGUUGUGUAAAUUCGGAUGACAUUUAGCUCUGAUGAUAUAAAAAAUGGACAGGGUGGACAAAUCGAUGGCCCAGGAUGAUUCAUAAAUAAACACUAUACCUUUAACAUGAAACUUAAUUUGGCUUAAUUUAGUUAUGGUUGAAUGUAGUCUGUGAUGCUUCUUUGUUCCGCAGCUAAGCAAGCAGAGACACGAUCUGGUUGUCAGUAGAACCUCUAAUUUGCUACAGAUAACAGUGUCAAAUCAAAUGACGCAAAAUAAAGAUCAGUACAUAGCUAUAGAAUACAUGUCGUGUAUUUAUCUUGCUUACUACACAUGAAAAAUGAAGUUGUUACACAGACUCUAAUAUUAUUUUACACGAUUUGAGAGAAUAAGACUUCGCAUCUCAUGCCUAAAACGUUACCUGACUUCCUUGACUUCCUUGCAUUUUCUGUGCACUUAAUUUAAAAGCUAUCUCAACAUUAUUAUAUUACUGCUGUCAGUUAGGGUUCUAGGCAACCAAAACACACACAGAGCUAGAUGAUAGAUAAUGUAUGAUUUGUCCACCCUUAAAUUACAUUACAUUCAGAUGUAAAUAAUGUUUGACUUUUUUUUGUUGUUGGAAGCGAUCUCUCAAGUUGUCCCAAAGAACAAGAACCUUUUUAUUCAUUCGGUUUUCUGGAGAAAUGGAGCUCAUACAUAGCGAGUGCUCCUGUCCUGGGACAGAAGAACCAGACAGCGUGGACGGCCUGAGCAUGCCAAGCGUGUUGCAUCAGUCCCAGCAGCAGACAGUGCUGGCGUUAAGAAAAGCCGUUAAAUUGCACUUGAGCCUCAAACUCUUCUUACAAAACUAUCACAGGCAUAGACAGACACAGAGAGCAAGGGAGUUUGGGAGGGAGAGAUGAGACGGAUGCUGCGAUGAUUUCAUCAUCGUAGCACCCCAUGGUCCGGUCUGUCUACGUUUCCGUCUGAUGUGUGUUUGUGUGUUUGUCUCGGUACAUAGUGAAGGCUUAGACUCCAAGGGUGGAUUCUUGCUGACUCAUUGAUUUGGCUUCUGAAAAACUACAGAAGCAUGCAGUGAUUAAAAACUAGUCAUUUAACAAAAACAAAAAAAAAAUUAUUGCUGAUUUCCUUUUGUUUUCUUGAAUUCUGACAGCCAAAAAUCUUUAUAGCAUUUCUACACUGACUUUUUGUACCUCAGGCUACGCCACUAAAGAGCCUUUAGUGUAUUUGUACACCUGUUUAAAAGAAAAGGAAUGAAAAAAAAAACCACAAGUAGACAAGGUGAAUUAUGGGAUAGUAAAAACUUAAGCAUCUUUUCUUGGAUUCUUUUGUAAUCUUUUGUCAUUUUCUAUCUUUAGGUUUAAAAGGUUUGAAAAAAAAAAAAAGCAUGAUGCAUGGUUAUAGCACUGUUCAGGAAAAAAAAUGCACAACGUGUUAUCAGAUCAGGCUUUCAAAUGGGAGCGGUGUGAAAAAAAAUAAAUAAAAGAACCGAUUAUGUUGUCCAUGUUAUGUUCCUCAAAUAUUUGAUCAGCAUUUUUGCUGAAGUAUGAGCGUUGCUGGCCAACUUGCUUUUUUUUAUAUAAGACUGGGUUAUUGUGCAUUGUAAAUUAAAAUUGAUUAUAAAAUGUCAA